AUCAUAGUCAGCAGCAGCAACAGCAGAAGGGUGGGGAAGUUCACAGUCACCAGUGGCGCCGCCCCCUCAUCCUUCGACGUCAGCCGCAUUCUCUGACCGUGUGAUGUAAGUGAGCGGCUCAGCAGGAACCGGCUCAGUCAUUUAUUGCCGGCAGCUAAGAGACCUUGCGCCGCGUUACCUGAUACCUGCCAUGGCCAGACACUGCGGGAGAAACACAUCAGCCCUACUCCGGGCCCUGCUGGACACCGAAAGCCGGCAGUGUCAUGCUGUGCUGCGGAGAGUCAGGAACGAAGAAAGUCACCGCCAUUUAAACUCCUGUGGGAUUCUGUCCUCACAAUGCACACAACUACCUCUGUUUUCACCAGUCCAUACGCAGAAACGGACCUUCCUGAGCCUUGCAGUGCCCAUCCUGGGGAGCAAGCGUAUGGACUAUACAGAAUCCAAAGUGCUAGGAUAUUCUAUAGGUCAAAUGUUUGACGUUGUUGCAAAUGUGGAAGACUACAAGAUGUUUGUGCCUUGGUGCAAACGCUCAAAAGUCCUGUCCCGUCGCAAUGGAGUGACCUGUGCUGAGCUGGAAGUGGGCUUCCCACCCAUUACAGAGAAAUAUGUGUCUGAAAUCUCAGUAAUACCUCAGCGCAAAAUUCGGGCUGUCUGUAAUGAUGGGAAGCUGUUCAGCUAUCUUGAGACGGUGUGGCAGUUUAGUCCAGGAAUAUCUGGGAGGCCGGACACCUGCACACUUGAUUUCUAUGUGUCAUUUGAAUUCAAGUCUCUCCUCCAUUCUCACUUGGCCACAGUCUUCUUUGAUGAGGUGGCCAAACAAAUGGUCACAGCCUUUGAAAGCCAGGCUGCUAGGAUAUACGGAAAGCAAAUCAAACCACUACGGGCAACCAAACUCCGAGCUGUGCAGUAGCCGCAGAUGAACUUUUUUACCUAUUUUCUGUCCUAUGGAUCAGAACAUUUUAUAUAUCCUAAACCUCCUAACUGGACCAUAUGAAGACUUUACACAAACCUCCCUUAAUUUAUUUAGGUAUACUGUAUGUAAAUUGAAUUCUCAAAAUUAACUUAUUUAAAGACCAAGAAACCUAUUUAAUGUGGUACAAUUUUUGAUGAACGUGGAAAAUAAAUAUUAUGAAGUUGUACUGCCAAAAGCAUAUUUUUAUAUACUGUGACUAAUAUAUUCAGACUGCCUUUUCAAACAAUUUUCUGUAGAUCAUUGUUUUUAGGAGAGUCUAAUUUUAUAAUCUAAAAUAAAAUAUCAUUAUUGUUUCAUAA